AUGAAUUUAUCAUUUGAAGCGGUUCGAAAAAUUGUUCAUCAAGGAUAAAAUGUUAUAGAUUUGAAAUAGAAGAUUGAUUGCAAUUAUAUAUUGUAAAUUGUUGAGAACUAUUUUCCAUAAACAACUAAAGACAAAUUGGAUUAAUUAUUAUGUUUCCGCGUUUCUGAUGGCUAUGCAAAAAUGAAGGCUUUAUUUUUUAGAACACCUAAUCCAGAUUUUGUUCAACUAAGAGAAACAGAUCCUCUAACUAAAUAUCCUUUAAUAAAAGUUUCAAGUUUUAGAAUUCUAGGAAAACCUACAGAGGGAGAUGAUUUUCCAAUUUUAAUUUUAGAAUUUGAAAGACUUUAAAUUCUUGAAAAAAUUAUUGGUUAACCAAUGUCUUUUAAAUCCUAUGCUGCUAAUGGAUUCUCAAAUCCUAAUGGUGCUAUAUCUUUAGACGAUUAUGAAUUUGCUGGGAUAGAUGAUUUAUUCUUUUCAAAUGAAAAGUCUUAAUCAGUCUCCUUCAAUCAACCUAAAAAUACAAUACAAUAAUCUAUAAAAUAACAACCAAUAGAAGAAAUAUCAAAUAAAUAAGAAGAAAAACCUAAACUAGGAGUAAAACUUUAAAUAUAUAUUUAUAUAGAUUAAAAUAUCAUUAAGUAAAAGAUAAAAUCAACAACAACAAUAAAUUGAAAUACCUUAAGCAGAAAUUAUUUAAUAAUAGCAGUCAAAAAUCUUAGCCUAAACAAUAUAAUUUGAUUAGGAAAUGCAAAAUCUAUAACUAUAAUAAUAGAUAUAAACUAAAAAUAAUCAGGAUUAAUUAAUUUAGUAGUAAAAUCUUAAAAAAUAAUAAUAAAAAAUAUAAAUCCAACCAUAAUAGCAAUAAGUUUAAUAAUAACAAUAAGUUUAAUAAUAACAAUAAGUUUAAUAAUAACAAUAAGUUUAAUAAUAACAAUAAGUUUAAUAAUAACUAUAAGUUUAAUAAUAACAAUAAGUUUAAUAAUAACUAUAAGUUUAAUAAUAACAGUAAUAAUCUCAUAAAUAAUAGAUGAAUCAAUAGAAUAACAAACCAAAUAAUUAGAGAAAUAAUAAAACAGCUUCACAAAUAGAUGUAAAUAAAUUAUACAAUUUUAUUAGUUUUUCCCUCUUUAUCAAAUUAAUCCAAGUUUUUAAUAACCAUUUAGAGGAAGAGUUGUAAAAGUAAAUGAAUUAAAGAGUUAUACUUCUUAAAAGUAGAAAGAUGGCAAAAUGUUUGGAAUCUAAGUCAUAGAUGAAGAAAAUCUUAUAUCUGGAAUGUUUUUUGAUUAAGCUGCUGAAAAAUUUCAUGAUUGCAUAGUUUAAGGAAAAUGUUACAUUUUUUCAGGUGUUACAGUAAAACCAGCUAAAAAUUUAGAGUAAUUAUAAAAGAUAGGAAGUCUACCUUUUGAUUAUACUUUUGAUUAAAAUUCAUAAAUAAUUGAAAUUGAUGAUGUACCUGGAAUUCCUUUAAAUACAUUUAAUUUUGUUAAACUUAACACAAUUAACUAAUAAAAAGCUGAAGCUUAAUUAGAUGUUGUAGCUGUCAUAAAAUCUACUAGUGGUAUAAAAGAGUUUUAAGCAAAAAACAAAGAUGAAAAAUCAAUUCGUAUAUAACUAGGAGUUUAUGAUGAUUCCUUAUAAGAAAUAGAAAUAACACUUUAUGGAAACAUAGCUUAACAAUAUUAAUUUUAAGUGGGAGAAAUUUACAUGUUUAAAAAUUUAAAGAUGAAUGAAUAUUAGGGAAAAAAAAGUUUAAAAAAUAAUUACUUAACAUCUAUUCAUUUUGACAAAAAUUAAAAAGAAGUUAAAGCAUUAUAAAAUUGGUUAUAAAAUUUUGAUGGAAAGUUAGCAGAACCUGUUUCUAAGAUAAAAUUAAUAUCUGAAUUAUUAAGUGAAUCAAAUAAAUGUGAAUUAGAUCAAAAUUUAAAAAUAUAUUCAGAUGUUAGAGCUUAAAUAGUAUUAAUAAAAAAUACAGGUACUCUUUAUUAUUAAUCUUGUACAAAUUGUUUAAAGAAAGUUAUAGCAGAGAUAGAUUCUUAUUUUUGUUCAUCUUGCAAUUUGACAAUGAAAGAUCCAAAAUACAGAUAUAUUCUAAAUUGUAAAAUAGCAGAUACUAGUGGAAAUAUUUGGGUUAGUGUUGGUGAUUAAUCAGCUAAUCAACUUAUAGAUGUUCCUGCUCAUUUUUUAAAAUAAUUAUAAGAAGAAGGAAAAGAAAAAGAGAGAAAUGAAAUAUUAAGCAAAUCUGCAUAUAAAGAAUUCAGAUUUAAGCUAACUUCGAAAUUAGAAGAAUUUAAUGAAGUGAAAAGAGUAAAACAUUCUGUAUAAUCAAUUACUCCUAUUUCUAAUGCAGACACAUAAGCUAUUCUAAACUAAAUAGAGUUUUACAUGAAGAAUAUUUGA